AUGAUUGUAUUCAGAUUGCACGUCAGGCUCAAUACUUGCAAGGUGCGGCAGGUGCUGCCCCAACCCCGCAGACAGAUAUCGGGAGUGAGUGCCAUCGACUCUCGGGUCUUUCGAAAUCUUUUUGGGACAGAGCAGAUCCGAAAGGUAUUCAGCGACACAGCCUAUCUCGAAAGAUGCGUCGAGGUGGAAGUCGCGCUGGCGAAAGCUCAAGCGAGAGCAAAUGUGAUUCCGCAAGAUGCAGCCGACCAGAUAGCGAGCAAGGCGCUCGCCUCGUCUCUCGACCUGUCCCGUCUCAGCGACGAGACCGAGAUUGUCGGAUACCCGAUUCUUCCGCUGGUUCGACAACUUGCUACCAUGUGCGGGGAUUACGCCGGGAAAUACCUCCAUUGGGGCGCCACAACUCAAGACAUCAUGGACACGGCAUCGAUAUUGCAAAUCCGAUCGGGCUUGUCAAUCGUCGAAAGCGAACUCGAUCAGGUGAUUCAAGCCACAGAGAGUCUUGCCGAGAGGUACAAGGCGACGCCCAUGGCAGGCCGAACCCACUUGCAGCACGCGCUUCCGGUCACGUUCGGCUACAAAUGCGCGGUUUGGCUCUCCAGCCUGUAUCGACACCGUGAGAGACUCAGACAGCUGCGAGCCCGCGCCUUGAUGGUGCAAUAUGGUGGUGCAGCUGGGACUCUAGCUUCACUUGGAGCAGGGGAUGCAGGAUUGGUGGUGAGAAAGGAACUAGCCAAGGAGAUUGGUCUGGUAGACCCUCCCAUUUCGUGGCAUGUCGCGAGGGAUGGCAUCGCAGAGACACUCAAUCUACUUGCUUUGAUUGGUGGAAGCAUUGGCAAAAUUGCACUGGAUCUCAUGAUAAUGUGCUCGAACGAAUUUGGCGAGGUAGCAGAACCAUUCGUUCCUCAUCGUGGUGCCUCAUCGACCAUGCCACAGAAGCGAAAUCCUAUCUCUAGCGAGUUGAUGCUGGCGGCUUCUAAGGUAUUGAGGUCAAACGCGAGCUUGGGACUGGACGCCAUGAUAUCGGACUUUGAGCGAGCUUCCGGACCCUGGCAUCUGGAAUGGGUAGCCGUACCCGAAAGCUUCACCGUGGCUGUGGGAGCUUUGCAUCAGGCGGCAUUCGCUCUCUCUGGUCUCGUGGUCGAUGAGAAGCAAAUGCUGGCAAACUUGAACUCCACCGCAGGCCUCAUCGUGGGGGAGGCUGUCAUGAUGGGUCUUGCGCCGCAUAUUGGCAGACAAAAGGCGCAUGACGCUGUGUACCAAGCGUGCCAGGAAGCAGUUCAGAACAGGGUUUCUUUGCUUGAAGCUUUGAGCCAUAGAAAGGAUAUUGUGGAUGCAAUGGGCAUGGAUGAGCUGAAGAAACUGUGUGAUCCAGUCAAUUACCUAGGGUCUUCGACUCCCAUGGUCGAUGAUGUCCUUGCGCUGAGGUAA